AUGCAAACAGCGAAUAAAGGCAAAGCCAUUAAAGAAAUUGAGCGGCUGCGACGCUUUCUGCACACAAAUCAAAACUUUCGAUUCACGGAGGCUGACAAGAACAAUCUGUACUCCGCGAUCGAGGCCUAUCGAAGCAUGUUUAGCAGCCCCUCGACUUGGCAAGGGUUGGGGACAUCAAGUCCUGCGCUUCCCCUCCUCGAGGACGCACUGAAGCUGCCCUUCACCGUCUUCACCACCAAGCAAAAGCAAAAGUUUCUCAAGUGGUACGACGAGCUCAACGCCAAGGAGGCCUCCGCCAGCGCGCAACCGCAGCGCGAAAAGGAGAUGCGGUAUCAAGUCGUGGACGUAGAGAAAAACAACAUCUCACUGAUGGAUCCUGACUCAGGCGAGGUGCAGGAUCUUAGCUGGACGGGCUGUCCGCCAGAGGAGAAAAAGAAGAUCGUUGCCGCGUUUGAGGAGGGCAACGACGCGUUUGUGGUGGUGCGGGGCGAUACGGUGAUCCGUUGCGACUGCUGA